AUGUGGGACGAGAUUGCCACCCCCACUGAGCUGACCUGCCAGGGCUCGGGGACAGCCGGUGCCACCACCUGGUACAAGGACAAGCAGCGCUGGUGGCAGAAGAGAGGUGACCGCCUCAGUGUCACCGAGAGUGGCACCUACUACUGUUACAGGCCCGGCACCGGGCACAGCCCCUCUGUGACAGUCUCAAACGACUGGCUGGUGCUGCAGGUGCCAGCGCGGGCGCUGCUGGAGGGGGACACGCUGACACUGCGCUGCCGCGGCUCUUGGAACAGAACGGUCAAAUUUGUGCUCUUCUACCACGAGGGGAAGGAACUGGGGGGGCUCCGCGAUGGCACCGAGCUGUCCCUGUCCCCCCUGCAGCUGAGCCACCGCGGCCACUACCGCUGCAGGGGCUUGGUGGGAUCCGGGAACGUGAGGAAGAGCAGCGCCCGGCUCCGCGUCACGGUGCGCACCCUUUCCCGGGUCCCUGCCCUGGCACACCAGGUGCACACAGGUGACAACGUGACCCUGCGCUGCUCGGUGCAGGUGGGCUCAGCCCCUGUCACCUUCACCUGGCUGCACAACGGGCAGGAGCUGGCCCGGGGUCCCCUCCUGCAGCUGGGGGACAUCGAUGUGGGACAUUCGGGCACCUACCAGUGCGUGGCCACCAACCAGCUGGGACAGGACGGGCACCGCGUGUUCCGGGCACUCAGCCCAGAGCUGGCCCUGGAGGUGACAGCGUGGGGACACGGGCACACAGCAGUGGCCGCAGGGGUUGGCAGCUCCCUCCUGGCCCUGGUCCUGCUCGUGGGUGCCAUCGUGGGCUGGCAGUGCCACCGCCGGGCCCCCAGGACCCCCGAGGCCAGGACCCCCGCGGUGCCCCCCGAGGGGGGCGAGGUGCUCUACACCCACGUGGUGCCCACGGCGAGGGCGGCGGGGUCCCCAGGCGCCACCGCCGAGGUCCCCCAGGUGACCUACGCGGAGCUGCCGGGACCGCGGUGGCACCCGGGGGACAGCGGUGACUACGAGAACGUGCUGUGACACCGGGGUGGCACCGGGGGUGGCGCCGGGUCCCCAAAUGCCACCCAGGGACAGCAGUGACAUCGAUGGGAACGUGCUGUGGCACCGGGGUGGCACUGGGGACAGGGACACGCGUGUGUCCCCUGAUCCUGUGGGUGCCACCCUGCCCGUGGCCACCGGGACCUGGCCCUGUCCCCACGCUGGGGCCACCAGGAGCUGUCCCUGUCCCUGUCCCUGUCCCUGUCCCUGUCCCUGUCCCUGUCCCUGUCCCCUCCCCGUGGCCACCGUCCCCCUGUCCCUUUGUGCCACAGGAAUUUGGAGCAAUUCCAAGAACGAGCCCAGAGUGCCCCCGGGUGGCCCAGGGGGGUUGGGGACAGCCCGGGGGGGUUGGGGACAGCCCCGAGGUCCCCGGGGGUCCCGGGAGCGGAGCCCCCCGGGGAGGGGGAUGGGGGAUGGGGGCAGGAGGGGCUGAGCUUUGAUUCCGUCUCCUUUGCUGUCUUCAUGGGCAAGAAAUUCAGCAAG